GCAGGGUUCGGGAGACAGGUGCGGAGAUCUCGCGAGACUUGGGGAAGCCGAGUGCUGGUGCAGCGGGAGGACACGGCGAGAGGGGGCUCCGGGGCCGGGACUCAGCGACAGCAGAGUUUGUUACUAUGGCGAUGACGGCUGGGAACGCCACGUCCUUUCCAAUGAGUAACCACACCAGGGAGAGGGUCACCGUCGCCAAACUCACGUUAGAAACGUUCUACAGCAACUUGAUCCUACAGCACGAGGAGCGGGAGACACGACAGAAAAAGCUGGAGAUCGCCAUGGAUGAGGAGGGUCUGGGCGAUGAAGAGAAAAAAUUACGUCGCUCGCAGCACGCUCGGAAGGAAACGGAAUUCCUGCGUCUCAAGAGAACCAGGCUGGGUCUGGACGACUUCGAAUCGCUGAAGGUCAUCGGCAGGGGGGCGUUCGGAGAGGUGCGUCUUGUCCAGAAGAAAGACACCGGUCACAUCUACGCGAUGAAGAUCCUCAGGAAAGCCGAUAUGUUGGAAAAAGAACAGGUGGCCCACAUACGAGCGGAGCGCGAUAUAUUAGUAGAAGCAGACGGCGCCUGGGUGGUGAAAAUGUUCUACAGCUUCCAAGACAAGAGGAACCUUUACCUUAUCAUGGAGUUCCUGCCGGGAGGGGACAUGAUGACGCUGUUGAUGAAAAAGGACACUCUGACCGAGGAGGAGACGCAGUUUUAUAUCGCGGAGACGGUGCUGGCCAUCGACGCCAUUCAUCAGCUGGGAUUUAUCCACCGAGACAUCAAACCGGACAAUCUGUUACUGGAUGCCAAGGGUCACGUGAAGCUUUCGGAUUUCGGGCUGUGCACGGGGUUAAAGAAAGCUCAUCGCACAGAGUUUUACCGCAAUCUCACCCACAACCCCCCCAGUGACUUCACUUUCCAGAACAUGAACUCCAAGAGGAAGGCGGAAACAUGGAAGAAAAACAGGCGGCAGCUGGCGUACUCUACCGUGGGGACCCCGGAUUAUAUCGCCCCAGAGGUUUUUAUGCAGAACGGCUACAACAAGCUGUGUGAUUGGUGGUCCUUGGGCGUCAUUAUGUACGAAAUGCUGAUCGGAUAUCCUCCGUUCUGCUCCGAAACGCCGCAAGAAACUUAUAGGAAAGUCAUGAACUGGAAAGAGACCCUGAUCUUUCCUCCCGAGGUGCCCAUAUCCGAAAAGUCCAAGGACUUGAUUCUCAGGUUUUGCGCAGACGCGGAGAAUCGGAUUGGUUCCAACAGCGUGGAGGAGAUUAAGACGCAUGCUUUCUUUGAAGGCGUUGAUUGGGGACACAUAAGAGAGAGGCCGGCGGCGAUCACCAUCGAGAUAAAAAGCAUCGACGACACGUCCAAUUUCGACGAGUUUCCGGAGUCGGACAUCCUGCAGCCAUUAUUUGUGUCGUUUAUUCCAGUGCCGAAUACGACGGAACCGGACUAUAAAUCCAAAGACUGGGUCUUCCUGAACUACACGUACAAGCGCUUCGAGGGUCUGACGCAGCGGGGGUCCAUCCCGUCAUACAUGAAGUCCGGGAAGCUAUGAACGCGCCCCCCGCGCUCUCACCUAAACGCUACUCAGGUAUCCGCCAUGCAGGACUCGCUGCGGCAAAAAGGAACUCGAGCUCAUCGGUUUCUCUGCAAACGCCACGCCGCCCGUCGGCAAUCCCGGUUCUGCUGACUUUCCUCCGGAAUUCCGGCUCAUCUUCCAGCCUCGGCCCCUCCCCCUUCCUGCGCCUGCCAAUCACA